AUGUCUGAGGAGUCUCAGAAAAUUACAAAUUCUGGAGGUACUUCGCCCGUGGACUUCAAGGCGAUGUUUGCUGAACUUUUAGAUGAUGCCAAAAGAGACAUUUUGGCUCACGUGCAAGACUCUAUCGAGAAGGUUUAUGCCGAUUUUGAAGAUUAUGAGACCGGCCCUGAGAGCGGUGAAGCGAGCACUGAGUGUUCGGAUACAGCUGUUGUAACGACUGUUGCAACUAAAAUAAAUGAUUUUAUCCAGCCAAAAACGUCAGACCCUGCUGAAGGCUCGGAUGGCGGUUCCUUUAAAUCACUCGCUGAUGAAUUUAGCGUUCUAGAGAAAACUUCACCUGCCAUAGAUGCAAAUUUGGCAGAAAUAGUGAAGAGUCUGCUUACAGAGAAGCUCACAAAAGAAAAGUUGGCCGAGGUACAGAACAAGUACCUCAGACCUGAAAACUGCACUAAUUUGGUUGCACCCAAGAUAAACAAGCAAAUUUGGCAACAAUUACGACAGGAGACCAGAAACAAUGAUUCAGCUUUCCAGAAGGCACAGUCCUUGCUCUUGUCAGGUUUAUAUGCUGUACUUCAGCUGUGCAACAGUGCAAAUGGGGAUCAGAGGAAUGUUUUGACCCAUACAGCAGUCCUGCUGUUGUCAGCAAAUAGAGAGCUUAAUCUGAAACGAAGAGAUCUCAUUCGUCCUGACCUAAACAAGCAAUAUGCUCCUUUAUGCAACCCAUCUACAGCUGUGUCAACAUUCUUGUUUGGAGAUGACCUAAACAAAGAAGUGGAAGAGUUAACAAAGUCACAAAAGCUCAGCAAUAAAGUGACUCCUAAGAGACGCAUGGAACCUUACAAAGUCCCCGCCUCUAGAGGUGUACGUGGUCGUGGCCGCUUCGGUCAUAGUGCUGGCAGGGGAAGAGCCUCCUCUAAUUCUUUUUUAGGUCAAGGCCGGGGCCAUGCUCGGCCCCACCAGAAUCCCAGGACCUCGGCAACCAAGACCCAGUAG